AUUCAGUUGAACUCACGGUCUGAAUGCCGUACGCACGCUGGACUCCUGGACUCAUUUGUUUGUGCAUGAGAUGAAAAUCAUGGAAUUAAUACUCCUAUCUGGACGUGCUCAAUAUGACGGAGUGGACACAUGGUUGAAACAUCGCAAGAAUGAGUCGACAGGUGAGGGGAAUACAAAUAACCACCAGGCUCAUUAAGGUACCCCUGGCAGUGAGGUUGGAGAUUGGCAGAACCCAUUAAGAGGCAGACCCAGGCGCUGCCACAUCCAAGAGAAUGAGGAUCAAAUACACCAUACCCAUCGUUUUUUUUGUGGCGCUCGUUAUCAUCGAGAAGGAGAACAACAUUAUCUCAAGGGUGUCGGAUAAACUGGCCUCGAAGCAGACCCCCCAGACCCCGAUACAGCCCUCUGCGGACGUGCUGCUGAAGCAAAAUGUUUCUUUCUACCCCGCGGGCAAGCUCAGCUCACCCUUCAUGCUGAUGAAGCGGCGCCUAGAGAACUACAGUGACUACUGGCAAGGGGUGGCAAAUGGCAGGAAAGACAUUCUUCUUCUGGCCACGACCAGAACCGGUUCGUCCUUUGUGGGCGAAUUUUUUAACCAGCAGGGCGACAACAUGUUUUACCUCUUUGAGCCUCUGUGGCAUGUGGAAAAGAUGCUGACGCUGGAGACAGGCGGUACAAACGCCACAGCUGCCGCCAAAGCGUACCGCGACGUUCUCAGACAGCUCUUCCUGUGCGACUUUUCACUGUUGGAGAGCUUCAUCGAGCCUCGCCCCGUGGAUCACAUCACCGCCUCGCUCUUCCGUAGGGGAUCCAGCAGCUCCCUGUGCGAAGAGUCCAUCUGCAGCCCCUUCGUCAAAGGGGUCUUUGAGCGCUACCACUGCAUGAGCAGGCGCUGCGGGCCCCUCAACCUUACCGCCGCAUCUGAGUCGUGCAUUCAGAAAGAACACAGAGCCAUCAAGUCAGUAAGGGUGCGCCAGCUGGAAACGCUCCGUCCCCUGGCCGAGGACCCUCGUCUGGAUAUGAAAUUCAUCCAACUGGUUCGGGAUCCCCGGGCGGUACUAGCCUCUCGCAUGGUGGCCUUUGCCCCCAAAUACAACAACUGGAAGGAGUGGGCCGUGAAUAGUGACGUGCCUAUGGACGAUGACGAGGUGAAGAAGCUGAAAGUUAACUGCAACAACAUUAGGAUGUCAGCAGAGAUGGGCCUCAGGCAGCCUGCUUGGCUGCGCGGCCGCUACAUGCUAGUGCGCUACGAGGAUGUUGCUCGGUUCCCCAUGAGGAAAGCAGCUGAGAUGUAUCAGUUCGCCGGGAUCCCGUUCACGCCGCAGGUCAAAGCGUGGAUCCUGAAAAGUACGCAGGCCUCCAAGGAGACCGACGGCGUUUACUCCACUCAGAAGAACUCCGCCGAGCAAGUGGAGAAGUGGCGCUUCAGUUUGCCCUUCAAGAUAGUCCAGGUGGUCCAGAAAGUCUGCGGGCCCACACUGAAACUCUUCGGGUACAAAUUUGUCAUGAGUGAAGAGAUGCUAACCGACAAGUCGAUCAGUUUGAUCGAAGAUGUUUUGUAGACCUCAACGGACACAAAGUUCUAUUUAUUAGUCUCGUUUAUCAUAAAACAGAUUGUUUUAUUCUGAUAUUUAACACGUUUUUACUUUGUUUUACUAUUUAAAAUAGCCAGAGGAAGACGAUUUAGUGUUGAACACAAAUUGCUUAUUUUUAAACAAGCACAGCAUGUGAAAAACUCGCUUUAUUUUUAUUUGCACUCACGACCAAUUUGUCGCUCCAACAUAAACUGGCUUGUCGUGCGAGUUGAAUUUCUGAGCAAAUAGAUGCAUUCCUAGAAGAGAAAGUUAAUGGGGGGGAAGUAAACUAUAACAAGCUGGCUCUGGGAACCUUCACUAGCAGUUUACAGCUCCUGAGUUGGCAACCAAAGAAACUCCAAAUGAAGCGGUAGUUUUUUUUAGAAGAAAAAAGAAGAAGAGCAGGAAGAGGGUGUUUAAUCAGUAUUCAGUUCGUUCUCCUUUGCAGCAUGUUGUUCACGCGUAUCGCUAACUGUUUGAAGUUGUCGUAGCAACUGUAAGGACCAAUUUUGUGAAACCAGAUGUUUACAUUGCUGCCCAAACGCAAACAUUCCGGACCCUGCAGCUGGUUUGCAGACUGGUGCGACAUUUGUUUGCGUGUCUCACGUUUGCAGACACAAAUCUCUUGGCCGUUGGUAAACUUGAAGAAGAAGGCAUUGAUACCGUGUUUAGCAUGACCUCAACAUUCAGAUUAUGUCUUUAUACUUUCGUGGCAAUAAACCUGC